AUGCUACAGUCAGUGGAAGAGCCGCCGUCUUCAUUGCGAACGAUCCGAUUCACGAACCUUGGAGAUCUGAUCAGAGCGAUCGAUGCCGCACCAGGAGAUGCAUUGCGCGUCACCAGUUUGUUCAAUCUCACCAUGCCAUAUAUUGCCUUCCUUCCUGACUUUCUCCUAGAUGUGUCUCCUACGGUUUUCAAGGGGCUAGAUGAAGGUUACGAGACGCACAAAAUCCACCUCUCUGUCUACAAUGAAGACUGUCAGUGUCUAAUAAUAACGGUUCCAACACAAGUGCACGAAGAACUUGGCGGGACGUUGUAUGGAGAACUUUAUCAUCAUAUUGCUCUGAUGGGUUUGGGACAAAGAUGGGCUAUUAAAGGACACGCGACUUUCCAUAAUACACGAAAUCCCACCCGCAGCGCAGGGGCAAAACAAGCAGACUCGUCUGGGGGGCCGAGGGAAGGACGCCCUAGACCUAGGUUUCCAACUAUUGUGUUUGAUGCAGGAUACUCCCAGACUUUGAGAGAGAUGCGAGGCAAGGCGAGAGCUUGGUUCGCAGACUCGGAUCACAAUGUUAAGAUUGUCAUCUUGUCGAAACUUGUCCCAGACCAGCGCACAUUAAUCAUCGAGAGGUGGGAAGAGAGACGAGACGAGGAGCUUGUGCAAGUCCCUGGCUGUCAGCAGAGAAUUACAAUCGCUGGAAGCUGGGCAAGUCCAUCGGCCUACCAGGUUGUGGAAAGUGGUGACUUGAUACUGAGUUUCCAGCUGUUGUUCCUACGGGAUCCAGGCCCGGGAGAGGGCGAUGUGAUAAUCCCUAUCGCUUGGAUAAAAGAACAUGCGAAGCAAGUUUGGGAAACCUGGGAUGAGGUUAAUGAGGAAUCGGGGGGAUGGCUAGAAGGGAGGUGUAACGUGCUUGUGUCAUAG